CGGAAAAUAUGAGGCGACCACCUCUGCUAAUUAGCUAUCUAGCUGGCUCCAAACACCCGUGUGCAAGUUUGACUUUGGAAGUUUAGUUUCGUUGGCUGGGGGCAUUCAUAGCUGUAUGGACCUGUGCAAAACUACUAGAGGGUAACCAACCCAUCUUCUGGAAAGCUACUGAGUGUGCUGGUUUUUACACUAGCCCUACCUGAACUCACUGGAUUUAGCCAAUCCUGACCUCAAGUCAAGAUGGAUGACAUCAACCUACACUACAGGUUCCUGAACUGGAGGAGGAGGAUCAGAGACGUGCGUGCUGUACGCUUUCAGGAGCGCUAUAAAAGAAUGCUGAAGAAUGGAGACACACUCAGCUAUCAAGGGAACUCUGAUGAGGUUGGCUGCUAUGUGGCUCCCCGUCCCUUAUCAAAGGGAAACUGCUACUUUGAGGUGACCAUAAUGGACACAGGGGUGAGAGGGACGAUAGCAGUAGGCCUGGUGCCACAGUUCUACAAGCUGGACCAUCAGCCAGGCUGGCUGCCACAGUCUGUAGCCUACCACGCUGAUGACGGCAAGCUGUACGAUGGGAACCCUGUGGGCCAGCAGUUUGGGCCCAAAUGCAACCGUGGUGACAGGAUUGGCUGUGGAAUAUACUGUGAUACCAUCGAGGCUGGGUUGACCACGGUCUUUUUCACCAAGAAUGGCAAAGAGGUGGGCUCGUUGGUGUUCCCUGCAGCGGCGGAGGGCCUGUUCCCAGCAAUCGGGAUGCACUCUCUGGGAGAGGAAGUGAGGCUGGACCUCCAGGCAGAGUGGGACAUGGAGGAGGCCGACAGCAUCAUGAUGGUGGACAGCCACGAGGACGACUGGGGACGUCUCUACGACAUCAGGGUCACUGGCACGCAGCUCCUGGAGUACGUUGGGAAGGGGAAGAGCAUCCUGGACGUGGGUCUGGCCCAGGCCAGGCAGCCCCUCAGCACACGCUGCCACUACUUUGAGAUGGAGAUAGUGGACGCUGGAGAGAAGUGCUACAUCGCCCUGGGCCUGGCCAGAAGGGACUACCCCAAGAACAGACACCCGGGCUGGAGCCAAGGCUCAGUGGCUUAUCACGCAGAUGAUGGGAAGAUCUUCCAUGGUAGUGGGGUUGGGGAGCCGUUUGGUCCUCGCUGUAUCGAGGGUGACAUCAUGGGCUGUGGCAUCAUGUUCCCACGGGACUACAUAUUGGAUGGUGAAGAUGACAUAGAUGAGUGGGACCCGUUGGAGGUGCUGCCAAGGCAGGGCGAGGGGCGCAUCCAGAACAUUCUGUACCUGAAUGAUGAGGAGGAGGAGGAGGAAGAGGGGGGCGAACUGGACCAGGAGCAUGACGGCAGGAAGGUCAUGGUGUUCUUCACACGGAACGGGAAGCUGAUGGGUCGCCGUGAGGUGGUGGUGCCCCCAGGGGGGUUCUACCCCACCGUGGGGAUGCUGAGCAGCGGAGAAAAGGUCAAGGUAGACCUGCACCCCCUCAGUGGAUGAACCUGACCAGCCUGCAUCCUCUUAGUGGAUACGAUGAGUCCAGAAACCGAACACUGCACCCUGUCAUCGCCUGACCAGUGACCACAUCAAGCCUUACUGGGGAUCAGCGUAGUGAAACUAGGGCAGGGAUUCAUUCCAUGGCGUUCUAUAACUGACUUUUAAAGGUAUUUUAUGCUUGAGCGUUUACCAUUUAUUUGAUCUCUGCAAACGCCUGGGAAAAUGCUGUUAAAAGGCAUAUUGUGGGCUGUAUAAAAUGCUACCCUGUAACACAACUUGAAUAGAAUCCCAGCCUUAGUCACAACCAUCAGGACUCACUGUGGCAAAAAUAUAUAUAUACACUGAUGCAGUGAAAUGUGUUGUUUUACAGCGUCAGCAAUAGUAGUUUGGCAAAUUAGGGUAAAGUGCCUUGCUCAAGGGAACAUAGAUUUUCUUUUUUCACAUUGUUGUCUCGGGUAUUCGAGCCAGCGACUCCUAAAACUACCAUCAGGACUGACUGUGGCAACAAUACCAUCAGGAUUCACUGUGGCAACAAUACCAUCAGGAUUCACUGUGGCAACAAUACCAUCAGGAUUCACUGUGGCAACAUUACCAUCAGGAUUCACUGUGGCAACAAUACCAUCAGGAUUCACUGUGGCAACACUACCAUCAGGAUUCACUGUGGCAACACUACCAUCAGGAUUCACUGUGGAAAAACUACCAUCAGGACUCACUGUGGCUAAACUAAAGGCUUAGCCUGAGACCGAGUUGUUGGAUAAUUCUGUGCAAUUUGUUGUUUUAUCAUUUUUCAUCAAGCCACAUUUUCCCCCCCUGUCAAAGCAAAUAGUCAGCCCUGCCUGGUCCUGGGCUCUGAAACAGUGGAGCCCCUAAAAUGUCUCUCAUGAGGUCUACUGGCACACUUUGUUGAUUUCAUUUGUCAUGGCCCCAAACAUAGCAAUGCAUGUCCAACAGAGUCCGAGAGCCUGCUGGCAGUUCAUGUUAUAGGCACUAGUCCGUGAGUAGUACUCUCCUGUGAGCACUGGAAGUUGCUGCUUCCCAAAUGGCACCCUAUCCCUUAUAUAGUGCACUACUUUUGACUAGUGCCCUAUUUGCCCUGGACAUAAAAUAAUGCACUAUAUAGGGAAUAGGGUGACAUUUGGGACACCGGUAGAUUCUGUGUGUGAUUGAGUGAGUAGUACCCUCCCGUGAGUGCUCACUAACCUGCCUCCUGGAGCUGAGCUGAGCUUGAUAGGCCCCAGAUUUGUUAGUACUUUAUAGCCAACUCUUAUGGUCAUUGUCAUGCCAACCACAGAUUUGGGACUGGGCUAGGUGGGAGUAAAAACGAUAUUCUCCAUAUCACAUGGAUGGCAUCCUGGUAUCAAGUAACCCCUUAUCAAAGACUGGAAAUUAUGUUAAUGUGUGAAUAUACACGACAUGGUAUGUGGACAAAAGUAUAUGGACAGCCGUUGAGAUGAGUGGAUUUGACUAUUUCAGCCAGAACCGUUGCUGACAGGUGUAUACAAUUGAGCACACAAUCGAGCAUGCUUCCAACUUUGUGGCAACAGUUUAGGGAAGGCCCUUUCCUGUUUCAGCAUGUCAAUGCCCCCGUGCACAAAGCAAGGUCCAUACAGAAAUGGUUUGUCGAGAUCUGUGUGGAAGAACUUGACUGGCCUGCACAGAGCCCUGACCUCAAUCCCAUCGAACGCCUUUGGGAUUAAUUGGAACGCAUACUGCGAGCCAGGCCUAAUUGCACAACAUCAGUACCCGACCUCACUAAUGCUCUUGUGGCUGAAUGGAAGCAAGCCCCCUCAGCAAAGUUCCCAGAAGAGGGUAGGCCGUUAUAGCAGCAAAGGGGGGACCAACUCCAUAUUAAUGCCAAUGAUUUUAGAAUGAGGUGUUCGACGAGCAUAUACUUUUGACCAUGUAGCGUAUGUAUAUAUUCUAUGUCAUAUAUGUUUGACUGUAUAGAUUCAUAAUCUCCUAUAUAUUUUCCUAGAUUUCUCUCUACAUGGAAUUCUAUAACUGAAGAUGUGGGAGAGAGACUGUUGGCUUUUUGUAAUAGGGGGGGAUGGGUGGUGAGGGUUUAGUUAAAAAUCCCAAGCACUUUUUAAGUGUACUCUAUCCACUCCCAGUGUAAUUUACAAGCGGUUACUUUUUGCCUAAUUAUAUGUUCCAUUUUUUUCAUGAACAUAUUUUGGUUGAGGAUAAUAGAUCAACUGCACACGAGAUCAUCAAUAUGUCGACAAUGUCUUCUGCAACAGUAUACUUUUGUCACAAGCACGUUAGAAAUGGUUGAGUCGGGUGGUGUCUGUAGUACACAGUAGAACCAGCAGAGUGCGAUCAGCAUCCUGUUCAGUCCAAUCUGAGAGGAAUGUUUGUUUGUGGUCCCAAAUGGCACCCUAUUCCCUACAUAGUGCACGAUUUAUUUAUUUUUUAUCAGGGCCCACUGGUCAAAAGUAGUGCGCUAUGUAGGGAAUAGGGUGCCAUUUGGGACUGAGUCUGUCUAAAUGUAUACAAAGGAAGAGACGGCGUGCUUGUCAUUUGUUCAUAAGGUUUAAGAGACUUGUUCCGAUCUAUGCCAAAUGUUUAAGGAUUCUGAUCAAUCCGCCAUAUUACAUUUCUAUUUGUAUGAUUUAACUCGCCAUGAGAUGCUUCUGUGUACAUCCCAAAUGGCACCGUAUUCCCUAUAUAGCGCACUAUUUUCGACCAGAGCACUAUAGUCCCUGGUCAAAAGUAGUGCACUAUAAAGGAAAUAAGGUGCCAUUUGGGACAUUGUCUGUCACCUGGACGUGCCUGAUUCCCUUGAUAUUGACACAAUCCCACACAGCAGCACCUCUGUAGUCACGGUUCAGGCAUCAUGAAGACCAUAGACAUGCUUAUUCAUAGAUGACAUACAAGCACGAGAAAGAAGGCUGUACUUGUAUCUCAAUUAGGGUUGCAAAAUUGUAACUUUCCAAUAAUUCUCAGGUUUUCCAGAAAUUGUGGUUGGAGGAUUCUGGAUUUCCUGCGUAUUCCCUCCUGAACCUUCCAGACAGGAUUGAUGGGAAACCUGGGAAUUUUGGGGAAAUUAUCAGAAUUUGGCAACCAUGAUCUCAAUGUAAAUGUUAGCACCUUGCCUACUUCCAGGAAGGCUGUCUUACUAAUUAAUAUAUGCAUUAAAAGGUAGUUAUUUCCAUA